AUGUCUGAAAACGAGGAUACUUCAGAAGAGUUAGAGGAUGUCCCUGGUCAAUUUAGAAAAGAAUCCAGAUCACAGCCAAGGGAAGAGCUUGAAUUUACCAAAGAAGCAUCACAUUCAUCAAAUGAAACUUCUGAGAAUAUGGAUGAAGAGCCUUCCAGCCAGAUUUUUGAAACACCUCCUAGAAAGGAUACACUAGAGUCCACAACUUCCUUUGAAAGUAUAUCUAAGAUAAAUGAAGAACUAAAGGAAAAACCUCAAUUUUCUGAAACAAGUACUAGAGAUGCCAGCUCAGAGUCAAAACCAGAAAAUAUACCAAGUCCAUCACCAUCAAUAACUGAAACGACUGAAGAAUCUCUGACUUUCUAUAAUUACCUAGCUCUUAACACAUUAGUAGAAAGUAGUACAAAUGCCCCCAAAGAAAAUCAGAAAGAACUCGACUUAAGUUCAGAUGACUUUGUAGUUAACCUUGAGGCCAGAGGUUUACAAGAAUUCCCUAAGGACAUUGUAAAAGUCAAAUAUGUGAAAUAUCUAUAUUUAGACAAGAACAAAAUAAAAACGUUUCAAGUAGACUCAAGUGAUCUGUUAGGACUUGAAAUUUUAUCCUUGAAAGAAAAUGAAAUAGUAUCACUUCCUUCUGAAAUUUAUUUACUUCCUAAUUUAAGGAUAUUAAAUGUCAGUCAUAACCAAAUAUCACAUAUCCCUAAAGAAAUAUCACAUCUUGGGAAUAUCAGGCAACUCUCUUCUAAUAACAAUUAUAUUGAGAGUUUUCCUCCUGGCUUAGAAAAUCUUGGAAACUUGGAAAUUUUCAAUUUGGCUAAAAAUAAGUUAAGACACAUACCAGAAACUCUAUCUAAUUUGAAAAAUUUGAGGAUUCUCAAUCUGGAAUGUAAUCAGUUAACAAUAUUUCCUAAAGCACUAUGCUUUCUUCCAAAGUUAAUUUCACUAAACCUUAAUGGAAACCUGAUAAGCAGUUUGCCAAAAGAAAUUAGGGAGCUUAAGAGUUUAGAAAGUCUUUCACUUGAUCACAAUAAACUUACAUUUUUGGCUGUGGAAAUGUUUCUAUUGUUCAAAAUAAAAGAACUGCAAUUGGCUGACAAUAAAUUGGAAGUUAUUUCACACAAAGUUGGGAAUUUCAAGGAACUUAGGAUUCUCACAUUGGAUAAAAAUUUAUUGACAGAUAUAUCAGAGAAUAUUUCCCACUGUGUAAUGUUGGAAUGUCUUAGUCUUAAUGAUAAUAAAUUAACAGAACUUCCCAAGAAUAUUCACAAGCUUAAAAAUUUAAGGAAACUCCAUGUAAACAGAAAUAGUAUGCUGGAAAUAACUGAAGAUAUCGCACAUCUUAAUAAUAUAUACAGCCUCCAAUUUUCAGGAAAUAAAAUCACAAAUGUUCCCAUUGAAAUAAAAAACUGCAGAAAAAUAACUAAAGUGAAUUUGAACUAUAACAAAAUAAGCUAUUUUCCUGUGGGACUUUGUGCUUUGGAUUCUCUUUAUCAUUUGUAUUUUAAUGGCAAUUAUAUUUCAGAAAUACCUGUGGAUAUGUCUUUCAGUAAACAAUUGCUUCACUUAGAGUUUAAUGAAAACAGACUUCUCAUAUUUUCUGAGCACCUUUGUUCUCUUGUUAGUCUUGAGUAUCUGGAUCUUGGUAGAAAUCAAAUAAAGAAAAUUCCAUCACUUAUUUCCAAUAUGACAUCACUCCAUGUGCUUAUUUUAUGCCACAAUAAAUUUGAAACUUUCCCUAUAGAAUUGUGUGCUUUAGAAAAUUUGCAAGAGCUUGACCUUUCAGAAAAUCAAAUACAGAUAAUUCCUUCAGAGAUCUGUAAUUUAAAGAGAAUCCAGAAAUUAAACUUCUCAAGCAAUCAAUUUGCAUAUUUUCCUAUUGAAUUAUGUCACCUUCAAUCCCUGGAAGGGCUGAAUAUAAGUCAGGAGAAAGGGAGGAAGUUAACAGGACUUCCAGAAGAACUGCCUAGGAUGAUUCAACUUAAAGAACUUGAUGUCUCAAAUAAUGCAAUCAGAGAGAUUCCCAGGAAUAUAGGGGAAUUGAGAAGUUUGGUUAGCUUAAAUGCAUGCAACAAUCAAAUAAGUUAUCUGCCACCAUCUUUUUUACUUUUAAGUGACCUCCAGAAACUGAACUUGAGUGGAAAUAAUCUGACAGCUCUGCCUAUUGGUAUCGAUAAUCUUUUUGCACUGAAGGACAUAAAUUUUGAUGACAACCCCUUGCUGAGACCUCCAAUGGAAAUCUGUAAAGGAAAACAGCUGUAUACCAUUGUACGCUAUCUACAGAGGUCCGAAGAGAGAGAUGAGAAAAUCUUAGAGAAAAUCUUCACAAUAGUUGCCAGCCACAUUAAUGAAACACAUUUUGAAUUUUUGCGUCAAAAACUAAACCUGGCAAACUCAGAAACCAACAGGUAUGUAUGAAUCAAUUUUACAUUGAGUGAAAGAGUCCACCAAGCACUUCGGUUAUGGAAAACAGAGAGUAAUAACUUGUCACCAUCUGCAGCUGCUUUAAGAGACCAACUGAUUCGGACACUAACCAUGAUAGGAGCAUAUGAAAUUAUAGAUAAAAUAACAGCCUUAAAACUUUCCACACAGGCAAUAAAAUUCUAA